GGAGUUAAUAUUCAAACUUCCCAGAAACUACCCCAUCUCUCUCUCUCCUCAAGUCUCCCUCCACCUCUUUCUGCAGAGAUCCCAAGCUACCUUUCCUACCAUUGUCUCCUCAUUCUCUCUCCUCUUUCUUCACCAUAAAAUAUUUCUCUCUUUCUCACUUCAAUUUCUCCAAAUUAAUUAAUAUCAAUUCACGUACUAUACAUUAAAAAAACCUCAAUAUUUUUCUGCCUUGAUCUCUGAAUUUUUUUCCCCUCACAAUAAAUUCCCCCCAUCUUUCUCUCUCCUCCGCCAUGGACGGCAACGAGUCCUCCUCCUUUCUCUCUCCUCAUUAAUUUUCCCCACUUUUUUCCCACGUCCUCUGUAAAACCCAUUUAAUCAAAUCCCAUCAUUUAAUUUACUCAAUUAAAAAUCCCAGAGAAUGAACAAGAAGAAGCUACAGAAUGACUCUACUACUUCUACUUCUACUCUCUCACUCUAAUUGUAAGUCGCAAAUUAGGGUUUAUCAUUUUGAUCAAUUAAUGGGGUGUGGCGCCUCGAAACCGGAAGAUAAUCUUCCAUUAGUGAGUUUUGUUAGAGAGAGAAAAAGCUUGAUUAAAUCUGCUUCUGAUCAUAGAUUUGCUCUUGCUGCUGCUCAUCUUGCUUAUUUUACGCAAUUAACACAAGUUGGUGAUUCUCUUUGUAGAUUUGUUGAAGAAGAACUCAUUCUUUCUGCUACUACUAAUACAACGUCUUCUUCUUCGUUGUCUUCUCCUUCUUCGUUGUCUUCCCCUGUUCUUACUCUUCCUUCUGAUUCUGCACCUAAAAAGAAAAACAAAAACAAAAAUGUGGGUAGUAAAAAUAAAAGGAAAAAGAAAAAAGGAUCUUCUUCUUCUACCUCGAUUUCUCAUAAUUUUAGAGAUGUUGUAGAUGAAGAUGAAGAUCAGCAUUUGAAUUUGAGUUCAGAUGAUGAUGAUGGUCAUGAUCAUGAUCAUGAUGAUCAUCAUCAUCAUGGUGAUGAUUCUGGGCAUCUUGAUAUUGAGGAAGAAGAUGAAGAGAGGAGAGAGAAAGUGAAGAAGAAAUCAUCUCCACAACCUGGGAUUUCUUACAUUCCUGAUUCUGAGUUUUCUGGUAGUAAUAAUGUUAUGAAUUACCCUUAUGAUUCUUAUGCUACUAAUUAUCCUGUUGAUUUCUAUAAUAAUGGUGUUCCGCCUAAUUUUUAUGCAAAUCCUAAUUUUAAUUCGUAUUACCCGGAUAAUGGUUACAGUAAUUAUGAUUAUAAUGGUGGUAGUAAUUCAUAUGCUACUUCUUAUACAACUUAUUAUAUGAAGAAGUCUUCCACUAGAAUUCCUUCAGUUAUUUAUGAGGAACCUAAACAGAAUAAUGUUUAUACAUAUUCUGAUUACCCUGCUCAAUCGAAUUACUCGAAUUUCGGGUUUACGACGAAUUUGGGGGAGCAGCAGCAGCAGCAGCAGAGGCGGCCUCAGCAACAGCAGCAGCAGCAGCAGAGGCCGCCAACGCCACCGUCGCCGAAGGUGUCAGCAUGGGAUUAUUUUAAUCCAUUUGAGACUUUGGAGGGUGGGGGUUAUCCUGGUUUUGUAGGUCAGAAUAGUUAUGGGAUCGAGUCGAAUGCGAGUAGUCCAGAUUCGAGGGAGGUUAGGGAGAGGGAAGGGAUUCCGGAGUUGGAGGAGGAGACUGAGAGUGAAAUCAGUAAAGAGCGUUAUUACUAUGAUAAGAAGAAAGUGCAGGAUGAGUUUAGUUUUAGCAAAAGUAAGAACAGGUCAGUUCAUUUUGAUGAUGGAAAGGGGAAGAAUAAGAAGAAUAAUGUUAGUUUUGAUGAGGGUACUUCGAAAGGAGCAAAGACGAGGGUGCCUUUGCAGCAUCCACGGAGUGAGGAGCUGAAGCCGGAGCCAACAGUUGAGGUAGAGAGGGAGGUGGAGAGUGUUGAGGUGAGAGAUGUGAAGGAAAGUAGCAGCAUUAGUAGUCCUGAGACUGAUAGUAGUAUUUCUACAAGUAUAGAGGAUUUGUCUGUUAGAAAGAAAGGGGUGAGCUUUGAGGUGGGUGGGAGUGGAGAUGGAAGUGGAAGUAGAGGAGGAGGUGGAGCGGGCGCUUCAUCUCAUGAUAUCGAAUCAUCGAAGCAAAGUAGCUCUACAAUAUUAUCAGCCCAUGGCACCCGUGAUCUUAGGGAGGUUGUAAGGGAAAUCAAAGAUGAGUUUGAGGCUGCUACUGAUUAUGGGAAAGAGGUCUCUGUGUUGCUUGAAGUGGGGAAAGAACCAUACAGGUCUCGGUCCACCUUUUUGAAAGUGAUUCUGGCAAGGGUCUGCGCUACAUCACUGUCAUCUUCGUAUUCUCCUUCUUCCCCAUCUGGAGAUCAUCCUGGGACCGCUGAGGAGAUAUUUGACUCUCGAAGCCUUGCAUCAACUUUGGAGAAGCUAUAUGUGUGGGAGAAGAAACUGUAUAAGGAAGUCAAGGAUGAAGAAAGGCUCAGGGUUAUGUAUGAGAAGCAGUGCAAGAAGCUGAAAACUCUGGACGAUAAAGGUGCUGAGACUAGUAAGAUUGAAGCUACUCAGGCUUCAAUGAGAAAGCUCCUGACCAGAAUCAAUGUGAGUGUCAGAGCUGUUGAUUCUGUGUCCCAAAGGAUACACAAAUUAAGGGAUGAAGAAUUGCAGCCUCGAAUGAAAGAAUUGAUUUACGGAUUGAGAAAGAUGUGGAAGUUGAUGCUUAAAUGUCACCAAAAGCAAUUCCGAGCUAUCCUGGAAAGUAAAACUCGUGCUCUGAAAGCAAACACCGGAUUGAGAAGAGAUUCAAGUGUGAGGGCUACUAUUCAGCUUGAAGCAGAGCUAUUAAAGUGGUGUCAUCGUUUUAAUAACUGGGUAGAGAUGCAAAGGUCCUAUGCCGACACUUUGAAUGGCUGGCUUGCGAAGUGCAUUCACUAUGAACCCGAAGAGACACCAGACGGUUUCAUACCUUUUUCUCCCUCCCGUAUUGGUGCUCCACCGGUGUUUGUAAUAUGCCAUGACUGGAAACAAGCAAUGGAAAGAGUAUCAGGAUCAGAGGUGCAAACAUCAAUGAACGAUUUUGCUACAAGCUUGCAUCAAUUGUGGGAAAGACAAGAUGAAGAGCAACGGCGAAGGGUGAAAGCCGAGAACAUGUACAAAGAUUUCGAGAAACAAAUCCGUGGGAUCAGGAUGGACAGGCAAAGGAGGGGACAUGAUCACGACGAUGCCUUGUCAGACAAGAAUAGUCUCUCGAUGAUUGCUUCUGAAAGUGGGAUUUCUCCGCUUGAUGAUCUAAAGGUGGAUUUAGACUCAAUGAGACAAAGGGUUAAGGAAGAGCGAGCAGGCCACAAGGAAGCCGUUAAGCUAGUCCAUGAUGCAGUAUCUCGCACCAUACAAGCUGGUUUGAUUCCGAUAUUUGAGUCAUUAGAGAGUUUUACAUCAGAAGCUUCGAAAGCUUUUGACGAUGUCAGGUUAGAACAUGGCAGUAGAAGUUCAUGAGGAAUAAUGUACCAAUAGACAAUAUAGUGGGGGGUUUAGGUUAGAAAUAGAGAGAUGAGCAUAGACCUUAGGCAUUGUAGGAAAGCAACUGAUAAGUGCUAGGUUUAUAUGAACAAGAGGUUGGUUUCUGCUUCUGCAAUAGGGUAGAGUUAAUUAGCAUCUCUUGUACAAAAAUUUUGUUCAUCAAUUUCAUUCAUUUUAGGUCAAAGUACUAGUGUCAACUGUGAUGGUGGCAUAGAGAAGUUACACGAUGGUGUCGGAGUACAACUAGUUUCAAAUGUAAUAUAUGUAACAUUUUAUUGGUAAUGAUCUGGACCUGAGUUGAUCUUCCAUCAAAGCUAUUAAAAUUAUACUUCAUCUGUUCUUUUUAAAGUA